GAACGGAGGUGGCCGCCUUUCCAGCCACGAACCUCUGAUGGUCCUUUCUCGCCCUCCGCUGACAGAUGAUUGUUUACAGGCGAGUGUUUCUGGAUGGUCUUUUCGUAAGAUGAGAGGAGGAGGGAAGAGGAUAGAAGAGGAGGGAGUUUGUCCGUCCGGUCGUCGAAAGGGUGUAGGCCUGUGGAAGGGGUGUGUAAUUCCGGUCGGAGGUGUGUGUGUGUAAUACCGGUCGCAGGGGGUGCCUUAGUUUCAGGCCCCUCUCCCACCCCAUCAGUAUGUCUAGAAAAGAGUUGAUUGGCGCCUAAGCCGGUGACGAUGACCGUCUCCGUAGCCGCAGUGACGGUACUGGUGACGUGUCCUCGUUCGUCGGCGGGCGGGAUUCCCAUCUAGGAUGCGGAAUAGGAUUUAGAAAGUCUUACCACAGGCAGUCUGUCGAUCCCCAUAGCUGGCUGGUGUGGAAGGAGGCACUGGAGGAGCUGCCGUGAGAGAGGGACUGGUUUUUGCUUGGGGUGUGGAGAUGGCGGCAGUGAGCAUAGGGCACUCCGCCACGGCGAGAGCAGCAACUGUUGGUGUCUUUCAAGGAAGGCGGCUGGACAGAGAGGUCAAUUCCAAUGGGAGGUGUCACACAGGAGUGUCACCAUCGAUGGCGGUUGGACCGGCAGCAACGGCUGCAGGUAGUUCAACUCCUCAAUCGUCACAACGACAGCCUCAGUAUUUGCGGCAAAGGAUGUGUGACUUCGUUGGACUCAAGGCAUCCUCCACUGCUGUUCUCUCUCCCGGCGAAGUUGUGAGGUCAGCCAUAGAUCUUAUGGGGAAAAGGAGUCAUCUUUGCAAAUCUUGCACCCGGAGGAGAGCAGUGACGACCUGCAUGGCAGGCGAUGGUGAAACCAGAGAGUUUCCUCUAGAACACUACCGAAAUAUCGGUAUUAUGGCACACAUAGAUGCAGGAAAGACGACGACGACAGAGCGAGUUCUGUUCUAUACCGGGAAAAACUACAAGAUUGGCGAGGUUCAUGAAGGGACUGCCACAAUGGACUGGAUGGAACAAGAGCAAGAGCGUGGAAUCACAAUCACAUCGGCUGCAACCACUUGCGAGUGGAAGGGAACCAGGAUCAACAUCAUUGAUACUCCGGGUCACGUGGACUUCACCUUGGAGGUGGAGCGUGCGCUACGCGUGCUGGACGGGGCAAUUUGCCUUUUUGACAGCGUGGCUGGCGUGGAGCCCCAGUCGGAAACUGUGUGGCGUCAAGCUGACAAGUACGGUGUCCCUCGAAUUUGCUUCGUAAACAAGAUGGACAGAAUGGGUGCAAACUUCUUCCGCACCCGCGACAUGAUCAAGAGCAAUCUUGGAGCCAAUCCUAUGGUGCUGCAGCUACCGAUUGGCGCAGAAGAGAAUUUUGAAGGCGUGAUCGAUCUUCUCAAGAUGGAGGCUGUGGUGUGGUCUGGCGAGGAGUUGGGUGCCAAGUAUUCUUACCAGCCCAUUCCCGACAGCCUGGCAGAGCAAGCGAGGGAGUACAGGGAGAUGAUGGUGGAGAUUGCGGUAGAGCAGGAUGACGAAGCAAUGGAGGCUUUCUUGGAAGGAAACGAACCCGACGAAGAAACUCUCAAAAAGCUCAUCCGGAAGGGGACAAUCAACGGUGCUUUUGUGCCCGUGCUCUGUGGGUCUGCAUUCAAAAACAAAGGGGUUCAGUUGCUACUAGACGCAGUUGUCGACUUCCUCCCAUCGCCGCUAGACCUUCCGCCCAUGAGAGGAACGGAUAUGGAUGAUGCGGAGAAGGAGAUGAUCCGCAUACCGGACGAUAAGGAGCCUUUCAGCGGCUUGGCGUUCAAGAUCAUGACGGACCCGUUCGUUGGCUCGCUGACGUUCCUGCGGGUUUACAGUGGCGUGCUGACUGGCGGCUCCUACGUUCUCAACUCGGCAAAGAACAAGAAGGAGCGCGUUGGGCGGCUCUUGGAGAUGCAUGCAAACAGUCGGGAAGACAUCAAAGUGGCAAGGACGGGUGACAUUGUUGCGCUGGCAGGCCUCAAGGAGACGAUCACGGGAGAUACGCUUUGCGAUUUGAACAAACCCAUCAUCCUUGAGCGGAUGGAUUUCCCUGACCCCGUAAUCAAGGUAGCCAUUGAGCCGAAGACAAAGGCAGACGUUGAUAAGAUGGCCACGGGAUUAAUCAAGCUUGCGCAAGAGGAUCCCAGCUUCCAUUUCUCAAGAGAUGAAGAAACCAAUCAGACUGUGAUUGAAGGAAUGGGCGAGCUGCACCUCGAGAUCCUUGUCGACAGACUUCGUCGUGAGUUCAAGGUGGAAGCCAAUGUCGGUGCGCCACAGGUCAAUUACAGGGAAAGCAUAUCGAGGGUCUCGGAGGUGAAGUACGUCCACAAGAAGCAAUCGGGAGGACAAGGGCAGUUUGCAGAGAUUGUUGUGAGAUUUGAGCCCAUGGAGGCCGGUAGCGGGUACGAGUUCAAAAGUGAAAUCAAAGGCGGUGUUGUUCCGAGGGAGUAUAUCCCUGGAGUCAUGAAGGGUCUCCAGGAGUGCAUGUCCAAUGGCGUAUUGGCCGGCUAUCCAGUCGUGGAUGUCCGGGCGGUACUUGUCGACGGAUCCUACCAUGAAGUGGACUCGAGUGUGCUCGCAUUCCAGCUUGCGGCGAGGGGCGCAUUCCGAGAAGGAGUGUCCAAGGCAGGACCGAGGCUUCUUGAGCCGAUCAUGAAGGUGGAAGUUCUUACGCCGGAGGAACACCUGGGUGACGUUAUCGGAGACCUGAACUCCCGGCGAGGCCAGAUUGAAUUCUUUGGCGAGAAACCAGGAGGAAUGAAGGUUGUCAGCGCUUUUGUCCCCUUGUCGGAGAUGUUCCAAUACGUGAGCAAUCUGCGGGGACUGACAAAGGGCAGAGCCAAUUACACAAUGCAGCUGGAGAAGUUUGAGGUCGUGCCUACCCACAUCCAACAGGCCAUCUCCGCAAAGAACCAGGGAGUUGCUGCCUAAGGCCCCGUAAGCACUAGCUAGUGCUCUUUUGACUGGAUCUGGCUGACACCAAGAGCAGAUACAUCGCCAAAAGUCCCUUGUGUACGACCUAUAAGCUGUCGACGGCUCACCUGGGUGGAAGCGGACGCAUGCUUGUGUUGCACUGAUCGGGAGAGGAUUUUGGCAUUUCCCCCAACUCCACCUGUUGGGAGAGGAUUUUGGCACUUUUUGCCGACUCCGCCUGCAUGUGGUAUUCUGAAUGUGACUCCCUCCCUCCCUCCUUCUUCUUAAUGUUUCUGACACUGCGCCAGAUCUCUGCCGAGAGCAAAGAUCUGUCGAGUAGUGCAGAAUAUGUGAUCGAGCGCGUGCAUUUGCUAUACCUGCCAUCCUCCAUCCGCCCCCUUUUCCCCCUGCCCUGCCCCAAUGUGUCGAGCAAAGGGGCUUGCAAAAACAAAAGAUAGGCGGCGGCCAUGGCGGUGAGUGGGGCAUGAUGUCCUUGUACAGCCUGCAGGUUGAGGUAAGGGGUUUGCUGAGUUUUGACAGAAUGAAAGGCCUUUUAGUGUAGGCUCCUGUCGGGCUUGUUCACCCUACGGCCGUAGUGAGGAACAAAUGCCGAGAUUAUAUCGUCUGUCGUCCUCCUUUAUAAUAUGUUGUAGAGUAUUGCAGAAAGUAUUUUAGGAAGAGUCAUCAUGAAUUCAUAGGUUUGUACUUUUCUCUUUUUUGAAUUUAUGAUGAUGACAUGCACAUGUGUGCAGAAUGCUUCCGAGUUAUGUUUCGAGGCUUUGCUUCGUGGUUCGAAUCCUUGUUUUUUGGUUUGCCGAAUUGGCAAAUUGCCACUCUGUUUGUUUGUGACGUAGUGGUCAUCCUUGCAACACAUACAUGGAGCGGUUGGUUCUCUCUCAAGAAGAGAUGCUUUCCCAUGAUGACACUGUGAG